AUGGAUCGACAAAAUGGAUCGAAGGUGUUCGACGAGGCUGAUGCUCGAAGUACAGGAGGGUGGCGAGGGGAGGCAGGUCUCUUGGCGACACCCCCCGACGGACAAUUUCCCAUGCAGAACGUGGGUCCAGUCAAAUUUGAGAUUCCCAAUGUGCCGGUUAUUUUCGUUCUCGGCGGUCCAGGCAGCGGCAAGGUGACACAUUGUGAUAAUUUAAUGCAAGAGAAGAAGGGAAUUACACACAUCAACAUGACGGACCUUUUGCAGCAAUAUUCCUUAGGAAACGAUUUGCAAGACUUUGGUUUACUAAGCAGCAAAACUGUUACGGAGGUCCUUAUGCUUGAAAUGAAAAUGUCUCCAGAGGCCAAAACUUUUCUCGUGAGUGGAUAUCCAAGAAAUAUGCGCGACGUGGUUGAGUACUCCGAUAAGAUUCAAAUCGUCAAUGGUGUAAUACUUGUCUCGUGGAAGCAAGAAGUACUCGAGAGACAAAUUCACUUCGGUGCCCAACUCGGUCAUAUUGUCCUCGGAUUAGCCAAAAUGGAGUUGAAAAAUUUUUAUAGAAGCGUCAUGCCAGUUGCAGAAUAUUUCGAUCAAAAUGAAAUGUUGAUCGAGAUUAACGGCGAAAGGCAUCCAAACAAAGUUUAUGUAGAUUUUCGAAAUGCUGUUCUAAGGAUUCUGGGAUUAAUGGAUGAAGCCGAUGAAAACCAACUUCCUGGAGCUUUGGAGGCAGAGGUCGAAGUGGAAAGAACAGAACUAGAACCUGAGCCUUCGCCUUCUCCUUCGCUAACACAGCAAGUGAAAAGUGAAACACCGCCUUCGUCAAUUUCUCCGGAUAUCAAACCUUUGAAAACUGCAGACAAAAUGAGAAAGGGCUUACCUGCAUUCAUUUGGGUUAUUGGUGGCCCAGGAAGUAAUAAAUCAACUUUGUGUAGUCAGGCAGUUCGGAAUAUGCCAGGAUGGGUUCAGGUCAGCAUUGGAGAAUUAUUGAGAUCGAUGGCCCCUUCGAACAUAAUUGUUAAUGAUGCCAUCGUUGCUGGAGAAUCGGUCCCUCAAGACAUUGUAAUGCAGAUCGUGGAGCAACAAGUGCUUCUCAAUAGAGAUGCAGAAGGGAUUAUUAUUGAUGGAUUUCCUAAAGAUUUACACCAAAUUGAUGAAUUCGAGAAUAAGUUUGGCCAGUCACCCCCUUUAGUUCUAUUAGAUUGCUCCCAAUUGCAACUUGGCAGAGGGAGAUUAGAUGGAAGUAUUUCUGCAUUCAGAAAAAGAUUAGAGCUGUUUAGAGAAAUGUCGUUACCAAUGAUUAGAAAAAUGGAUAACAGCAACCGUCUCACUAUCAUUGAUGGCGAUUCACAAUUAGCGAGUGUUCAGCAAGAAUUUGCGAAUGCUCUUUAUCAAUUAAUGAAAUGGGUUCGUCGAAGGGAGGAAACUGGCGAGAGUUUUCAAAACCCAGACUCUCUAGUUCAAAAUUCGAUCCACCCAAACUUUAUAGCCCCCAGUAACACCAGCGGGGGCCAAAAAAUUGAAAAUGACGAAGUAGAUCUUAAACGUCGAUUACCUAAUGGAGUUGCCAAGCAAUUUGCAAAUGAAUUAUUUGAUGGUAGUCGUAUAGCCAAAGGAGUAUUAAUUGAUCAACCUCUUCAUCAAAAUGGUGUUAUUAGAGGAACUACGAAUCUUCUCAACAAUGGAGGUGUUCGUCUACCCAAUGGUUUUGGUCCCGGGAACAAUAGGAUAGCACCCUUAAAUGGACACGUGAAUAAUGGAAGGGACCCUGUGAGAUCUAUGUUUAAUGAAGUGGAUAACUAAAAAAAUUGCUCUUAAUAAAAUUGUAAGAAUAUCUUAAGAGACUAUUUCAAAGACUUAAUCAUGAUAAGAGUUACUAGAAACUGCAAAAGAAAGAAGUGGAAAGAGGUUGAACGUGGUCCAAUUUUAGUUUAAUAUACUCAGGUGGCAUUUUAAAUUAUCUCCAAUAUAAAAUCUUCAUUUUCAUUUACUUCAGCUUUGACACAAACUUCCAAAACUGGAACCCGAGUAAAAAAGUCGUAUUAGGGGUUCCGGUAAGUAUUCAAAAUAAAUUCCCAUUGAAAUACCGGAUAUGAGAUAAUCCAUUACUACAGUAGACAAUGUUUCCUAACAUUCCUCCAUAUACAAUUCUCUAGAAGAACUUUAUGUGUAAUGUUAUCAGGAAUAUAGUAACGAAAACAAAAAUAACCUGUUGCAGAACGACUUAUUUCGAUAAAAGUACUGGAAAAGUCUCACUUCAUUAACAAAAAUUUAUAACUCAAAAUUCAAGUACCAAAAAGCACUUUUGUAAACAUUUAAACCAAAAAUUAGUGAAUUUUCUUUCAUUUUUGUCCCAAAAAAGUGACCACAUCAAAACGGACUUUAAAAGUUUUGGAUAGAUAUAUUUGGAUUGGCAAACAUUAAAAAAAAUUAAUAUAUCGUUCUUUUCUAUUAUUUAGUAAAAAAAAAGUUUUCCCUGCAAGACUGUUUUGAACUUUUUUGGGAUAUCAACUUGGACUAGUAAAAAUCUUAUAAAGAUAAAAUAAGUGGCACUUUACUAGUACUGUUGUCCGAAACAAAUUCUCAGGCAAAACUGAUUGUGAACUUUUAGGAGACAUGAAUUUAGACUUCUAAUAAUUACAUAAAGAAAAUAUAACUGAAACUAUUCCAGUACUUUGGCCCCAAAAAAAAUUUGCAAUGAAAUGACUGUUCUGUGACAUUUUAAAAAGAUGAAUUUGGUCUAAUGAAACAUAAAAAGUCAUGAUUUAGCUAAAUUGCAUCUUUCUAGCACUUUUCUCGAAAGAAAGUUGUUGGAGCAGAUGUUUUUAUGAACAUUUUGAAAAUAUGAAUUUGGACUACUAAUAUAAUUUUUUUAAAUGCUACUUUCAAGCACUUUAGUCAGAAAAAAUAUCCACAUUAGUUUUCUUUUUCAACUUUCUUGAGACAUAAAUUUGUUUUACUGGACUAUUUUUGAAUGUUUUGAAGAUAUUAAUUUAAAAUUGUAUUUUUCUAGUACUGACUAUACUUUUAUAGUGUUUUUGUCCCAUAACAAGUUCCACGACCCGACGGGACUGUUCACAAACUUUUGAGACAUGAAUUUGGGCUUACAAAAAAUUAAAGAAAAAUAUUUAAAACUUUUCCAUUCCUUUUGUCAACCAAAAAAUUUCCUCGUUGGGAUUGUUUUUGAACUAGUUUUGGGCUCGGUUUUGGGACGCCAUAACAAAUUGGACUUUUGUCAUUUUCUUUUGUCCUAUAGGCAUUAUUUUUAAGUUGUUUUUGUAUUUUAGUUCUAUUAUUUUACUAGUACUUUUUUCGAACAUAAAUCCCAUAAUAAACACUUGUGAAAGUUUUGGAAAAAAAAUUAACUUCAAUUUUUUUCGUACUGUUGUCUUUCUUUGGAUUGGGAAAAAUGUUGAGAAAAGUAUGUACAUUAUUAAAACUGACUUCAUCUUUCACAUUCGGUACUUUAGAAUGACUAUAUUUGAGAUCUUAUUGGGAUUUCAUAAGCGCUUUUCUAUUACUCGGGAAAAUUCAAAAGCUGAAAUUUUCAAAAAUCACUUUUAGGAAAUAAAAUAUUAUAGAACAUAUACGCAAACUGAAUAAAUAAUUUAAAUUACACAUCUCGAUAUAAAAUAUUUAGGUGGUCGAAUUUUUUAAAUCAACGAUAUAUUAUCUAUAUUAAACACUUAAUUAUAUUUUUUAUGGAAGAAGACGUCAAAUAACGUUUUUCACUUUUGUAACCCCACACCUGAUUAAAAAAAUGCGACGGGUACAAGAUGUAACUGAUGAAUGCUCAUGGUUGUAUACUCGAUGUAUACACUGCCGACAGCCUUAACUAUAGAAAGCGAUAUAAAGUAAUUUGUACUUUAGAAAAUUUAAAACUUUAAGUGCCUAAUUUAAAAACUCAUAUGUGUAUACUUUAGUUUAGAAAACGAAGUGAAAAUUCUUCGUAAGAGUAUAUUGUGCGAAAAUUAAUUCCUAAGGAUAGAAUGUUUUCUACGUGAAAUUCGAAUGAUUGAUCUGGUGAAGCAUUUUUCUGUUGUUGAAAUUUUAAAAAAAUGUUAUUUUCGAGACUGUAUCGAUAAUCCACAAUAGUUUAAUUAAUAUCCCACAUAAAUUACAAAUACAUAGCAUCAAAAAUAUAUUUUUUAUGAAUGAUAAUUAAAAAUUGAUACAGUCUUGGCAAUCAUAUCACUCAAUUAUUAUAAAUAUGAUAAUGCGACUCAGCGUUACAGAAAAUGAAAUAAUGAAACAUAAGUUCAUAGACAUAUAAGCAGAUGACGCUCUAUUUUCAAACAAUACGAAAUAUUUUCGUUACAAAUCACUCAUAAGAGUACAUUGUUUCAAAAUUCUCUUUAGUAUUUUUUUUUUCAUUUUUCUUUUUUUUCUUUAUAGGAAUAUUUCUUAUUUACAUUAAUUUUGUAGUUUAACUAAACUUACUAUGGUUUGUGUACAAAAAUAUUAGCAUUAAUUAAUUCUAAAAUUAAUAUAAAUACAGUGAACCCCUGAGACUGGGCCGGUUUAGGGGCAGGAUGAGGUGGGAAAUUACCCACAUAAAGUGCCGUUUUGUGUAAAACAGUUUUAUUUGUUCACGCCUGAGCGACCGCUGCUCACCCCGCGCAGCUCGUUUUCCUCAUACUUGCGGCGCGGCAUUAAUUCUCGGAAGCACUGUAUCAGGGGACCCCAUAUCUAGGGUUCACUAUACUAUCUUGACAGCUGCUGUUUGGGUUCUAUUAACUCACAGAUUCAGAUUUAUGACAAGACACUAUUCAUUCCGUAUAUAUGAAUUAAAAAGAUAUUUUGUAACAAUGAACUCAUAUUCAGAUUUAAUCCGCGGGCGGAUUUAUAUUACACUGUUCAGAAAGAAAAGCCAGGCGAUGUAGCAAUAGUGCUAUUUUUAAAGUACAAAUGAUAGUAUAGAAAAUUAUAUUACUUUAAUGGCUCAGAGAGCAAAGUUCAAUAUUUCGAGGAUACUUUUUUCAGUAUUAAUUAGUUUGAGAAACAUGUUUUUAACUUAGUGAAUAUUAUUUAGGAAUAAAUUUUACAUCAUUUUUAAGUUUAAAACAACUUCAAAUAAUUAUUUUAUUGCAAAUCAUUUCUUUUUGAAAAUUUAUUUAUUGCCACUUUAGAAUAAUAAGG